GCGGCUUUGAAUCUGAAGCGAAUCCCUCCACUCCUCCUUUCGUCCUCCUCUGUCUUUCUCUCCAUUCAUUGCUGCAAAUCCCUCCUCUCUCUUCGUUUCUGUUCAUCGCUGCAAUCAUUCCACUUGGGUUGGUAGAUUUGACUGCUGCAGUUUGUGGGAUAGGAGAUUCAUGGCAUAACCUGCAUGUGAAGCUACGGUAUUUGGUUCAUAAUAGGCACCACCUGGUUGGAUUGUGCUACAGUCGAUGCCUUGGCCACAAGCAUAGUCAAGAUUAGCCAGCAAUUGGGCAUCAGAAACGCCAGAAUUGGGUAUACACCAAUGGGUUCAAACUUCAGAGUUCAAACUCCUGGGAGCUUAGUUGCACACAUGGCCAUUUUUAUUCCCUCCUAAUGGGUCUCCCACAGACAUGAAGAGCUAUGCCUUCUCCUUCUCCUAUCGUCGAUUUCAGUUUCUUUCGACUCUUCACUUUCGUUCUGCUCCGAACGUAUUCUCAUUUUUCUUCCUCGGAAGCUUGAACCGCAAUUUGUCCUCCUUUGGCUUAAGUGGUACCAGCAGACCUUUCCCUGAUUAUUCCCCGAAGAAACCCACAAUCAGAGACUCCGAACUCAUCCUCCACAUCUCUACUGCAAUCAAACAGAGACGCUACGAGCCACUUCGACGCGUCUUAAAGCCUUUUGAAUCCAAGUUCAGGCCUAAUUUCCUUAUCUGGGUUAUCAUGAGAAUCAGAAACGAAUACGAAUUGGUUAUCGAUUUCUUUAACUGGGCAUGCUUGCGCAAAGAACCGACGCUGGAAGCCCGAUGCAUAGUCAUACAGAUAGCCGUUUCUUCUAAGCAGCCCAGGACAGGUCAUGAACUUAUUCGCGAUUUCUGGGCGAAACCCAAUUUAGAUGUUGGUCUCUCAUUCAGUCAUUUCGUUGAACGAUUGAUAUACACCUAUAAAGACUGGGGUUCGGAUCCCCUCGUGUUCGAUAUUUUCUUCCAAGUGCUAGCUGAGGCUGGUAUGUUUGAUGAAGCAAAGAAGCUGUUUGAUAAAAUGUUGAACUACGGUGUGGUUAUUUCUGUCGAUUCCUGUAACCUUCUUCUUUCUCGCUUGUCGAACUCCUCUACUGGUGUUGACAUGGCACUGAAAAUAUUUGGUGAAUUUCCUGAUAUGGGUGUAUGCUGGAACACUGCAUCACACAAUAUAAUAAUUCACUCUCUCUGUCGAUUAGGGAAGCUAAAAGAAGCUCACUCCCUUCUCCUUGAAAUGGAGUCAAAGGGUUGCGUUCCUGAUGUUAUUAGUUACAGUACUCUUGUUGAUGGCUACUGUCAUGUUGGGGAGCUUCAAAGGGCCCUCGAGCUCAUAACGGAAAUGGGCCUAAAAGGUUUUAAGCCGAAUGCAUUUACCUAUAAUAGCAUAAUUGUUUUCCUGUGUAAGGUCAGCCAAGUAGUACAAGCACAGAGGGUGCUGAGGGAGAUGAUGAACCAUGGCAUAGCUCCUGAUAAUGUGGUGUAUACCACACUCAUUGAUGCAUUUUGCAAACUGGGAAAUUUGCAGGCUGCAUAUAGGCUCUCCAAUGAGAUGCAGAACCGGCGAAUUGUUCCUGAUACUAUAACUUUUACUGCCGUUAUUUGUGGGCUUUGUAGAAGUGGGAAAUUGGCUGAAGCAGAGAAGUUAUUCCAUGAAAUGCUUGGUAAUGGUUUGAAUCCAGAUGAAAUUACUUACACCACACUAAUUGAUGGUUAUUGCAAGGCAGGUCAGAUGAAAGAAGCUUUUGCUGUUCACAACCAGAUGGUCCGAAUGGGUCUAACCCCUAACAUUGUUACUUACACAGCACUGGCAGAUGGUCUCUGUAAACAGGGAGAUCUGGAAAGUGCAAAUGAGCUUCUUCACGAGAUGUGUAGCAAGGGCCUGGAACUGAAUGUAUGCACAUACAAUUCACUUAUUAAUGGCCUUUGCAAGGCGGGAAAUAUAGUCCAAGCGGUCAAGCUCAUGGAAGAUAUGGAGAUUGCAAGGAUUCAUCCAGAUACCAUUACUUAUACCACUCUAAUGGAUGCUUAUUGCAAAUCAGGAGAGAUGGUUCGGGCUCAUGAGCUCCUUUGUGAAAUGCUGGAUAAAGGUCUUCAACCAACAAUAAUAACAUUCAAUGUGUUGAUGAAUGGGUUUUGUAUGUCAGGGAUGCUGGAAGAUGCUAAGAGGCUGCUAAGCUGGAUGCUAGAGAAGAAUAUAAAGCCAAAUGCUAUGACAUAUAAUUCUCUUAUGAAGCAGUACUGUAUUGGAAAUGACAUGCGGGCUACCACUGAAAUUUAUAAAGGGAUGUGCACUCAAGGGGUGAUUCCUGACAGCAACACAUAUAACAUUUUGAUAAAGGGGCAUUGUAAAGCAAGGAACAUGAAAGAGGCAUGGUACCUUCACAAAGAAAUGAUUAGUAAAGGACUGAGUCCUAGAGUUGAUUCAUAUAAUGCACUCAUCAAGGGGCUUUUCAAGAAGAAGAGAUUUUCCGAGGCAAGGGAACUGUUUGAUGAGAUGAGGAGAGAAGGCUUAGUAGCCGAAAAAGAAGUAUACAAUUAUUUUGUCGACCUAAACUAUGAUGAGGGGAACAUUGACAUGACCCUUGAACUUUGUGAUGAAGCAAUUGAGAAAUGUCUUGUAGGGAAGACCAGUGAUGGACAGAAGUAGCUUGGCUUUGUUCAAUUGUGUGAUGCUUUCACAGCGGCUGUGGCUGAGCUUUUGAUAUCGGAUUCUCGUGGUUAUGGCUUCCUUUAACAUACCUUGUUGAUUUAUAACCAUGGUAGGGCGUGAUUGAACCUGUGACCUCAAAAUCUGACUUCAGGCACCCAGAAUUGAGCUAUCUACGCAACGAGCAGUCUUGAUUCGCUAGUAUAUUUGACCCAACAUCUCCGACAACUUUGGUUUCCUGUACAAGCAAAACAGUAUAGCCAGUGGUGGUUAGCUGUUUUUGGUCAUAGAGGAUGGAUGGGGAAAACGCAUGAUUUACUCUUUUGCCCCUUCUCUUGCCCAUGGAGAUGUUUGGCACUUAGGCUUGUUGCAUUACUAAUUGCCUGAAAUGAAGUCCAGCAACCAAAUCAACAGGAUACUGGCAAAGCUCAUAUAACUUGGCACCAUUGAGAGGAGUUUAGCAGAUGGGAGCUAAGACAUGUUGGACAAAUGGGAAAAGUCAGCUCUGUGGUUAAAAUUUGUUCCUGUGUUCUGGAGGGCCAAUGGUGGAAGUUCUGGACAAGUUUGAUCAUGAUGUGUUUAUCUGGAAGAAAACUGUUGCUGGCUCAAAGGACUUGCUUAUCCAAAGUGCAUGUUGUGAUAAGACUCUCAUAGGAGUAUGUUGCGAAUUGCCUCAUUUUUCUCCCUUUUUGUUGAGACAGACGUACAUACUUUAUAGGUGUGCUUCCACUAUGCAGUAAAACCGUAAAAGUCUCAUAUAAUUGAAUGAAUCUCCACUUGUUGGAAAUAUUAGUAAAA